AUGCAUGGAGGUCCACAGGCGACACUAUGCUCGAUACGCAUACGAUAUUGGCCGAUAAAUGGUCGAAAUAUAGCCAGAAGUGUAGUGCAUGAAUGUGUAACGUGUUUCCGUUAUAAGCCAAUAGUCGUGCAGCCGAUUUUGGGCAAUCUACCCGCGGAACGAGUAGAACCGACGCGCGCUUUUUCAAGUUGCGGUAUUGAUUUUGCCGGCCCUUUUAUGAUCAAGACAAGUGUGCGGCGUAAUGCCCCUUUAGUAAAAGCGUAUGUAUGUAUUUUUGUUUGUUUUUCAACAAAAGCAGUACACAUGGAAUUAGUCGGAGAUCUGAGCACACCAGCAUUUAUUAACGCAUUAAAUCGUUUUUUUUGA